AUGGUUGCAGCACCUCCAAAGACUAUCUUGGAGACUUUCGAGAAAUUCGAGCUGCUCCCCGUCGAACUGAAGACUGAGAUUUGGGGAUACGUCUCCAGUUUCCAUCGACGCCGACUUCUGCAGGUCGUUUAUGAUACAGAUAACUACUCAUGGCAGAUACGCAGCGACUCGUUGUGUCCUGAUCCCAUCUCCCAGGUAAACCAGGAGGCACGUAAGAAGUACACUGCUUUCUUAGAUGUGGCUAUCCUUCCCCAUCGGGAUAUCAUCUUUGUCAGCGAUCCUAAAUUCAACUUGCGCCCUCUUCAGAACGCUUUCUUUACCACAGACAACAUCCAGCUAUUACAACACGUAUCUUUGGCAGCAGACGUUUGGCAGGGCAUGCGACAUACCAAUCACGAAUUCCCUGCCAUUUCCCUCUCUCUUGCCGGCGUCCUACGAAAGUUCACAGCUUUGACAGACUUCUAUCUUGCAGUUUCCGAGGAAGAUGAAUCAGAGAUUGAAACAGCUUCGAAUGGCUAUGAGGGAGAAUGGAUCGAUGACGAGGACUUUACUUGGGACGACAGGUUGCGAGAGUUGUCUGAGGCAGGCCAAUUGGACCCAACCGAGAUAGCUGAACUCCGGCUCAGAGAAGAACGACGAGCGAACGAGCCACAACAAGACGGAUUCCUCAGCACAAUAUACACUCUGCCGCCUCUCGAGAGACAUGAGAAUGGAGACCUGACCCGGACGGGUAGGGCCGACAAGCAUUUACGAUCUCUCGAGGAGGAAAUUUAUAUCGAGAUGACCGAGAAGCCGCACAGCACGAAGCAAGGUAUACUACGACUUGUUCCGAUAUAUGCGGACUCGUUCAUUGCCGAACAUGCCCCAUACUUUAGAAAAGACGUCCAACUUGUGUUCCGCAGAGAACAAGCUACACAUCCGGACUGGGAGCCACCAGCCAUCCACAUCCGAUACUUGGAAGAGGGAGAAAUGCUCUCAGAUGAUGAAGAGGAUGUCGAUAACUGGGAUGAGAUAGAGAACGAUGAAGAGGACGAGGUGGGACAACUGAUUGACUUCGGAGCCUCUUGA